GAUGUUUUUCCUGAUAAUGCAACAGGAAGGAAAAUUUUGUCUUUGGUGAUUAAAUGCCCAAGUGACGGUUGUUUGUGGACUGAUGAACUGAGGAACAAAGAGGUAAAAACUCAAAAUAACAAUUAUAUUCAAGGCUCAAUGGAUUUCAGCAUUUAACCAGGAUUUAACUAAGGAAAAAACAUCACUUUUUCUUUCUUUUUCAUGUAUUACAUUGCUUGUAACAGGCUCACCUGGAAACCUGCCCUUUCAAAUUUGUUACUUGUACCAACGAACAUUGCCCUCAGAUGAUGAAAAGAGAAGAACUGGACAAUCACAUAAAAACGUGCGUGUGGAGUAUUAUGCCG